UGUCCAAGAGGUAUGAAGACAGUAAGUUGAGCACCUGCUGAGCAUAACGCUGCAAAAGUAAGAAUCUACGAGACAAACUGGUGAGUAGCCGUCGAGAUGAAGACCUCACUCGUCACCAUCACUGUCCUGGUGCUGGCUCUGGGCUGGAAUUCUGAGGCUGUGGAAGUUGAAGAAAAUGGACUGGUUUUCUCCCUGGAGGCCGUUAAGAGACUCCAGGAGCUGACUGAGAGCAGGGGGGUGAUGGGACAACAAAGCCCCCGACUCAGGGCCAACUCCAUGUCUCUGUGUGCCGACCCAAUGCUGCCCCAGGAGUUUCUGCCACUCUGUAAGCAAAGAGGAGCAGCCGCCUCUCUGUCCAGACUUGCUAUGGUUCCCCUGGACGUGUGUGAGAUCUGUGCAUUCGCUGCCUGCACGGGCUGUUAAACAAACACACCACAACCGCAAACAACUCGCCAAGCUUUAGAAUCAUGAUCCCUAGAACGUCCAAACAAUAACAAAAAAAGGGAGGAUAUCUCUUCCUACAUUGACUAGUUUUUGCCCCUGACAACUAUGAUUCCGAUUAUGGUCCACUGUAACAAUUGUUUUGUUUGUUUGUUUUUUAUCAUUUUAAUUAUUUGUGCAAACUGUUACUUUGUACUGUGGCAUUGAAUGUAUUUAAAUGUAUCUGCUAAUAGAUUUCUCUUGUUACACUCAGCUGGAAAAUAUUAAAGUCCUUGCAAUUAUAUCGUUACUACCUACUUUAUUUCCAUUGCUUUGAAUUAAACAAAACCUGCACUUAUACUA